AUGAACAAACCGGAAGAACUCUGCAUUGGAACCUGGACCUGGAUUGAAGCAAAGCUGCGAACUGGAACAAGACUCUGGAUUAGGACAAGUUUGGCUAAAAGAAACCCUGGUCUCUCUGCUGAUGAAGCUGUAAAACGUAUUACAACUAAUGGACCCAUUUCGUACUCCCCAGUACUGACAAAAGCUGCCCGAGAUUUUCAUCGACAAUUUUGCUCCUCAUCCAUACACUAUGCAUAUGCAUAUUCUGACCUUGCUAUAUUCCGCAAUUUCUUGUCUGUCCCCUAUAUUCAUUUAACUUGGUCUGAUAGUUGCCUGGUAGCGGUUAGUUUUAAGCUCACUGCCACCCACGAAACAGAAAAUGGAUUGUGUCGCAACAACCCUCAAAUUGCCUGCAAUCCCACCUUUUGUGAUAAACUCGAAGAUUACAUUUAUACUAUUUCAUUCACUAAGUACAGCACCCAGACACUCGCCACAUUAGAGGCUAGACUCCAAAAUAAACGCUGUGGUAUACACAUCAUAAUUGAGCGAAGAACAGACUCCACAACCAGACACUGGUUCCUUCUUGCUAAUGGACCUGGCAAGUUAACAAUAUCCAGAGCCGUUACACGCCAGACACAUGAGAAUGGAGAGAUCUCAGCAGAAUACCUCAGAUGUACAGUUUCCGAACGACAGUCUCGAAAAAAUACUAAUCCUCUUCGCCAUUCCUCUACAGACCAUUUGCACACUGCGAUUGCUAGCAUGACCGAGGCGGCUGCUGCAUUCUGUGAAGCUUCGUAUACGCCUAAGCAAGUAGACCAGAUACCCAUAGACAAUGUACUUCACAAUCUACCCCAAGACUUUUACCUCUCAAAUACCAGGUGUUCCUCACUGGCAGCCACAUCUUCCGUUGCCAACAUACGAGAAGGAAUACUUACCCAAGUUUACAACAAAGUUAUCACGGGUGGUCGAUUCCUGCCAUCCUGGAAAGUCAUUUGUGUGUUCCUGCUACCAAAGAAAGACAAUCUUUCUCUUUUGAAGAUCUUGCGACAAAUUACCCACGUCAACGCUGAUGCCAAGGGUUUCACUAGUCUUCUUAAAGCCCGCAUGGUCAAAGCAGCUAGAUCCAUUUUAACCCCUUCCACUAGUCCUUCCGGAAUCCGUCUUCUCUUAGAUCAGGAAAAAGCUUAUGAUCGGCUUAACUCUAAUUAUCUUAAGCAAGUUAUAGUCCGAAUUUGUCAUACAAGGCACUUUCAACUAACCCUCUUCUCCUCCCAUAAAGCCACUCUACUAUGCCGGCAAUCUUUUGGUUUCCCUCUCGCAGAUCCAGAAUAUAUCAUGGUCACAGCGCCACAGCACCAUAUCGCCACUUGCGCCCCUGCUUCAAAUGCACGUAUCAAUCUUCACUACCUUGGAUUCCCAGCCAUUUUCUUUCUGACCCAAACAACCACUUCUGCUCACAAAUACCAGGCCUUGUCUAUCCGCGGCUGUGCUCCCGUGAUGAACUCUUUCAUCUUCUCGAAAUUCUGGCAGCUUUUUUAUGUUGUAUCUGUUUCCGGUACCUUUUUCGCAAAUGUUGAAUAUCGUAUUACCCGUUUUCUCCAAGACCGAAGCUUCAUCCCAGUUAAAAUGGGUGGAUUAAAGGCUUUGAAUCGAGAAUUUCAGCAAGGUGCUCUUCAGCUUCAUUGCCUUUAA